AUGAGUUCGAUACCACCUAUCCCCCACGAUCAAAUCCAGUUCCAAUCGCAUACAAUAGCUCCUUCUCCGCCUCUAUCACAACGCCAGCUAGGCGAACCAAUUUCAUCUUCUGAAGAUCCGGCAUACUUCCCGUCACCACUGGGUAGGGGCAGUAAUCUGUAUGUCGCGACUGAUGUACCGCCUGCGUCCCCAGUACGAUCCGACAGCCUUAAUAGUAACCGCAGUACUUUCUCGUCGUACCGCUCAACACUGAACCUGCAACGCCAGACUUCCUCUCCGAGUCUAAGACCAGUUUCGAGAACUCCUAGCGUCAAGCAACACUACCCGAAAAGCAUUAGCUCUGCGGCAAGUUCAACCUAUACGAGUCCUAUGAUAUCUGCUAUGGGCGAUGUUACGCCUCUACCAUCGCCAUUGCUAGGUAAUGAGUCCCCCGGUCCCUGGAGACGAUUCGGAUCCCGCCGCCCGUCGCAAGCACGGGAGGUUUUACCUCCAGUCAUGCCUGAUUCAGUUCUUAUAACCGCAGCCGGUGAAUCUGUUGCUUCCGCAUUGGCUCAUCAAACUAAACGGAGGGUAUAUGCAGGACUCAAUGUCGGCCACGCAGCUGAAAUCAGCAGUGGCAAGGUUGAACAUGGCCGGAACAGAAGUAUUAGCGAAUACAUACCAGAUCCAAAGGGCAUACCCAAACGGCAGAAUACCGUAUCUGGAAAAGUUGAUGGGAAUGCCGUGGAUGGUACUUCGGACCCUCAUUUACGCCGAGAACCGCAUCUGUCAGCUGCGCGGGGCAUUAUACCAGUAACAAAACCGCCGUCGCCUCCGCCCAGCGAGUCGUCACUGAGUGGUGAUAACGCCAGCUCUAAGAAAUCACGUUACGAGUAUUUUGAGGCUCGUGGUCGAUAUGAUGGAAGACUUAGGAGAUGGCGUGCUAUUAAGGAGCUAGGUCAAGGAACGUUUAGCCGAGUGAUGUUAGCUACAAGUCAGGUGGCUACCGACGACGAAGCCAAUGACACGACUCAAAAUGGGACGAAUGGGCUACUAUCCCCGAUAAAUGGUACCCAACCAGAUCGUAAGACUUUGGUGGCCAUCAAAGUUUGUGAACAUGGGCCUCGGGGUGGGGCCUCAGAAGAGCGGAUCGAGAUGAGCCUCAAACGAGAGCUCGAUAUAAUGCGAUCGAUAAGCCAUCCAUCGUUAGUUCAUUUGAAGGCCUGGAGCAUAGAACCGACAAGGGCAUUGUUAGUAUUAAGUUAUUGUCCCGGAGGCGACCUAUUCGACGUCGCAACGACCUACCGAGAUGCCUUAACGCCCCCACUUUUGAGAAGGAUAUUCGCCGAGAUAGUGGGUGCAGUGGGAUACCUCCACGAACGCCGGAUUGUUCACCGGGAUAUCAAGCUUGAGAACGUCUUAGUGAAUAUUCCACCAGCUGAGCUUACAAAACCAGACCAAGAUUGGGCUGUAUAUCCAUAUUCCGUAACUACGCUUACAGAUUUGGGUCUGUCACGACGUGUGGCCGAUGAUGAGAAACUCGAGACUCGGUGUGGAUCGGAUGACUACGCUGCACCCGAAGUCAUAUUAGGACAGCCGUAUGAUGGGCGUGCUGUUGACGCCUGGUCACUUGGUGUUUUACUCUACGCUCUUCUUGAAUCGCGACUUCCUUUUGAUCCCCCCCCUGGUGCUAGCGAUGCGCAGAGGAUGCGAAGUAGGACGAGUCACAGGAUCGCGCGCGUCGAAUGGAGAUGGAUUAAGUAUCAGGGCGACGACGGCGAUCAUGACGCGAGCGAGGCCAAAUUUGAGAGUGAAGGCCUAAAAGGCGCCAUGGAAAUUACUGAAGGUCUCCUUAAGCGAGCUAGAAGUCGCUGGCCAAUGGAGAAAGUGACCCAGCACGAAUGGGUUCGCGACGGAAUCCAGGUCGAAGGUGGUCUAAAGUUUAGGGAAGAAGAGGAAGGAGAAGAGGUUUCAUGA